AGGAAAACAGUGGCAAGUCUUUGCAGUCCAGGUUGUGCGUCGCUUUGUAUCACACUUUGAUAAAAAAUUGGUUUUGAAUAGACCAAGCAAACGAAAUUAACGUAAGCACGAUCAAGGGAUACAGUAGGCCUAGUUACCAGCUAACUGGUUAAACUGGAAAUGAAGUCCUAGUUAACUAGCUGGGACUAUAGCCUAAUCGCUUUCGGAAGAGUAACAUCAGGUAGUGGGCACAAAAUUAGGAAAUUCCAUUGAAAUAUUAUGUAGGUAAUGUUACAGUUAUUUGGGUGUUUUCCUAGCCUACUGUAGUGAGGAAAGAAGAAAAGGAAGCAGAAACGGCGAGAGCAUUGUCAUCCCCAGUCACACCAGCAAUAACGUUGCAUAGCCAUGAUGACUCCCUGUGACGUUGACUAUGCCUUGCAAACGUUGAUGUCGAAAAUUAAAGAGAGAGAGCUGGAGUCACAGCGGGCGCUGAGCGAACACGAUGUGGCAAACAGACUCUUGAAACUGCAGCUUCAGGAACUGCAGAACAAGCUGAAGGAAAAGGACUACCAGUUAGCGGAUGCCAAUGAGACGAUCCGUGCCCUGCGGAGUGUGACGCAGAUCAUCACCGGUCUGCAGGACGAGAUCAGGGCCCUGCGCACACAGCUGCUGUCGUCCCACGCUCACAAACAUCGACUAGUCGCCACACAGGUGCAGAACCCAGAAGUCCUCGCCAGCCCCAUCAGAACGCAGACGUCUGAUGACAUCACCCAUCACACUCUUGAUGACAUGGCCCAUCACACUCUUUUUCACCCCGCCGAAGCUGGCCCCAUGGGUCCAGACUACAUUACCCAGAAUUCCACGCAGGAGCGCACCCUUCUGAAACUCAUCUCUGACUGUGGAAGGACAACCGACGUGGCUGUUGCGGGGGUCAAGCAGGAGGAGCAGGAAGGGGAAAUGGACGAAGGGGAAGCCGGAGGACUCGAGGGGCGGGGCCCUGAGGAGGGGCGGAGCCCUGAGGAGGCGGUGAAGGUGGAGAUGGAGAACAACAGCCAAUGGGACGGAGCCUUUGAAUACAGCCAUGCAGCUCACGACAGUGGAGAACUACCAGACAAUGACUCUUCGUAUGCCUACAGCAAUCAUGAAAUGGCCGCCAUAGAAGCGGCAACAUCCAGCUCUUCGUCUCAUUCCUCAGACUCACCUGCGGUUCAGAGUGCAACCCAAGCUCGAAAAAGGCAGUUGGUGGAGGCUCCUCUUGACAGCCAUUCAGCGAGCGCGAUUGUCCAGACCGCACUCCGUUCGAAGCUUGGGGGUGACCGGAUAUUUCAGGAGUACAAUAAGAUGAAAUGUCUCUCCGAUGCCACAAGGAGGAAGAUGGUCAACAUACUGGUGGCAGACAUGAUGGAAAAUCACGGAAGACCCCCACCAGUGAGUGUCCGAGUGUCCUAUGCCCUCGGAAUAGUCACGUUAUUCCCACUCUUGAAGGAUCUGAAUUCCAAGAACGGUUAUGAGCACUACUACGACCACCAGAGCGGUUCCGGUUACUUGGCGUGGAGGCUGAAAACAGUCCAGCGCUCCUCGUCCAGCCACAUCCCGAGAUCGUUCUCCACCUAUCAGGACGCCCCGAGGUCUCUCUCCACCUAUCAGGACGUCCCGCGACGUCUCUCGGCCUAUCACGACGGCCCGCGGCGGCUCUCGGCCUAUCAGGACGGGCCGCGGACGCGGCGGCCGGCCCACGCGGCGCCUCCGCAGCUCUCGGGCGAGCCGUGUCAGGAGGCCGUGACGCUCAUGAUGAGCCGCUCCGACGACGCGGCUUUCGUGAGGGAGAACAUGAAGGCCACGUUCGGCCGGCGACAGGACGUGGUGCACGACCCCGAGACGGCGUCGGCUGCGGCCGUGCUCGACCUUUUCCCGCGCUUCCUCGACACGCCUGGCUUGGUUAAUCAGGACUUCACCGUACUGUUUGGAGAGGAGGUGUCGGGCCGAUUUCUGUCGCGGUGGCAGACGUUCUACAAGCCCAGGAUCAUCGACGACUGUAAGCGACUCCCCCACGGCACACACAUGGACAGCCUCCUCUUCCUGUCGUCACUGAGCCAGCCGUCGGAAUGGUCCGAAGAUUGGGAAAGUGACCUGGCAACCAUCCUUUUGCUCUUGCAUCUUCUGCCGCCAACUUCGAAGGGCAAGAAGCACAAGAAGAUCAGUGCAGCGGAAGCUGGUGACCAUCUGGUGAAAUUCAUGAAAACGGGGCAGAGCAUGGAGAACUUCCUAGAGGAAGCUCGAGGAGCACCCCCGUUCCUCCUCUGUAUUGGGGAGAGGAAGAGCAGCAUUCAGAAGUACUUUGUGGUCCUGGAACAGAAGGCCAUCCCCUGCGAAGUGAACGCCGCCCCCGCGGCCUUCGACGAACUCUUCAAGGCGCACUUUGUGUUCGGCCGGUCCUACGACGAGCCCCUGUACAACUUUUUCACGUUCCUGCAGACCACGGUGUACGGCAUCGACGUGGGCAGUGCCAAGGAGAGCCCGCGGGUGCGAGAGAUCCGCGCCAGACUUCUCAACAACAGCCACUGAGGGCAAAUAGAGACCGAAUCACACAAGUCUUGACUGGUGAUGUGUCUUUGUGUUGUUGUUGUUAUUAAUACGUUGUUAUUUUCACAUUGAAAGUUUGACUUAUUUUAGGUUAAAAAAUGUAAAAAAAAAAAAAAACCUUGCUGUAUUUGUACAGUUUUCUUGUUCCUCAGAUGUGUAGUAGACUGUACAGGCACAACAGCAACAGUUAUGGAUCCGGGUGAUCCUUGUACUGGUGCAGACAAUCAUAGGAUGCCGUCAGUAGGUGGUCUUCAGAGUAUUUAUCGUGCGAAGGAUACAGUAGGUCGUCUGACACAGCGAUCUGAAAUUUGUUCUCAGGCUAAUAUGUUUCAGAAAUCAGGCACGCUUCUGAUUAUGUAGAUUCUUGACUGUUUGGUUUCUUGACUAUGUGGUCGAUAGAUUGUACCUUUUCAAUUUUUUUUUCAAAUUGCUUUUUUACAUCAUAUAUACAGUAUAUAUAUAUAUAUAUAUAUUUUUUUUUUUUUUUCUUUUACAUUUUUGAUUGGUGUGUGCUAUAUCAUGAAGAUUAAUUUUUCACCCGUACUCUUUGAAAUGGUGAAAUUUGAUACAGUAUUAACAACAUAUAACAGUGUUUUUGUUAACUGUUCUUGAUAAAUUCA